AUGUACUUUUAUUACAAGAAAUGGCAGCGCGAGCCGGGCGGGGAGGAGAUGGGGGGAUUUACACGCGUGUUGCACACGGGGAAGGAAGACGAGCUCAUGGGGGAAAUCCCGACCUUCGUCGUCAACCCGCUGCCGCCGCAGCAACAAACGGUGCCACGGGCGAUGGAUGGAUGGCAGAGAUGGCAGAGCCAGACCAUUCGAUUCUUCGCCCCACUCACAGCUCUCCCCCCUGUUUCCUUGUUCCUUCCCCACCUCUCACACCCACUCACAGCUCUCCCCACCUCUCACACCCACUCACAGCUCUCCCCACCUCUCCACCCCGUCCCUUCGCCCCAUGCUUCCCCCCUUUACCCCCCUCACAGCUAUGUAUGGAUGGCAGAGCCAGACCACCUCAUUCUGCGCCCCAUCCCCAACCUCUCAGUGGGCGACAUGCCUUCAGCCUUCCCCUUCCAUUACAUCGAGCCCGCCAAGAAUAAAGCGGCACUGCACCGGUGGUUCCCUCCGGAAAAGGGCCCCAUCAAUAAGAUCGACCCCAUCGGCAACUCCCCUGUCAUCAUCCACAAGCACUUGCUGCGUCGCCUCGCCCCGCUGUGGCACAACGUGACUCUCGAGAUGAAGUCUGAUCCAGUGGCUGACAAGGCGUUCGGAUGGGUGCUGGAAAUGUACGGUUAUGCCACGUCAGCUGCUCUGUUGGGGAUACAGCACACUCUACACCGCAUGUGGAUGAUCCAGCCGCCAUGGGAUACUGAGCCCGGGGACUCCUACCUCAUCCACUACACAUACGGCUGUGACUUUGCCUUAAAUGGAACAAUGACUCCAGGGGUGGUGGGUCCCUGGCACUUUGACAAGAGGGAUUUCAACACAGCACCACCUCGCAACCUCUCCCUCCCACCCAAAGGAGCUGCCCCUUCUGUU